AUGAAAAACUGCAUCGAUGUUCGCCCAAUACCCAUAAGUGAUAGUCUAACGCGUCUCGGCCAGCAACUGGUUACGCUCCGCUGUCGAAUGUCAAAACGUUCUCGGAUGCCGUGGCGAGCGCCGUUUCUCUUCCUGCUCCUUGUGCAAUUCGCAGAAGCACGAAAUCAGAGGGUCAAGCGACAAUGGGCGCCUGAUCAAAGUCAGUCUGAAGUCUGGAACCAACAACCCUUCCAUAAUCACCAACAACGGCACAUUUAUUCCCAAGAGCAAAACUGGAAUACUGGCUAUAGAGGGAGCGGUUCCUACGAGGGGCAGGGACGGAGCUCAUACGGAAGGCCUCCAAUCUUCGAACCGCCAGUGAGAAGCUCCUAUGGAAGACCGCCUAUGAUAGAGCAGCAGCAACCACCGCCUAGAGAGCUCCCAGUUGCACCUCCUCCACCUCCACCGGAUCCACCUUCAGUAGAUCCUCCACCUAGUGGUCUGCCACCAGUUCUACCUCCACCUCCUGACAGCGGUAGUACUGUUCCUGGAAGUAGAAUCGAUGGCCCAUUAGAGCCCUUCCCAACGACACAGAGCCCGGCCAUCGGCACUGGCAUCGGACAAAUACCGCCAAGCCCAUCUGUGGACACUGGGAACAAGGAAGUGAAUCCCGUCUUAUUUGGAGUUGACACUAGCCAGGGUAAUGUCCCUGCCCCAGGCGGAACCUUUUCUACUGCAUCCCCUGGUUUCAUCGGCGUGGAUCCCAAUGUUCCGACUCUACCACCUCCUCCACCUCCUCCUUUCGGGACCACACCAUUCAGUCCAGCAAGCACUCCGAACCCCUUUGAUGGUGCUCCUGACCUUCCACCUGAAGACAAGACAACUGUCGAUAUUAUUUCGACUAUAAUAGCCACGGCAAGUCCCUCAGUUUCAAUGACGUUCCCUCCUCCUUUCGAAACCUCGACUCCAUUUUUUAUUGACGCUGUACAAUCCUCUGCAGUUCCUUCUUCUUCUGGAUUCACACAGGGUUCUACCACUGCAACCGACAGUCAGGGAAGGACCAUUAUCCCAGUUGACUUUGUACCUACAGAAGUCCCAGCUGCAACUGCCGAACCAAACGAAGACCCAGAUGACUUUCGCAGUUUUCUCGCUCCAAAUGGUACUGUGAUUCUACGAUCACCCCCGCUUCCAAAGGAUGUCGCCGAAAAGCUAAAACUGCUCGGAUUCAGCGAGCUGAAGAAGGCUUGA